AUGGCUUGUGAAACUUCUAGUGAUGGGCACAUGAAUGAGUACAUGAUAUACCGGCAUGAGAAACUAAGUCUGCUGGAUCUACUAAGCCUUCUCAUCUUCAGAAGACAUCUGACCAGUUGUAAGUUUGUGGAGAGCAGCAGCUCGGUGGCCGGCAGGCUCGAGGGUGUCCUGACUGACCAUGUCACCGUCCUGACGUGUGUUCUUCAGAAGAUAUUAUCGGCGAUCAGAACGCCAAUGAGGUGGAUUGGGCGCGUGAUUGAGUUUUUGGUGAACUUGGUAUCCCUUAAUGGUGGAGUACGAGGCUUAUUCUGGAAUGUCAUCACAUGUUUUCUCUCGUUGGCUUGCUCAGUGAAUUGCUUAAGUCCCCAAGAUGCAUCUCUCAUAUUGCUUAACUUUUCUGUUGUGAUCCCCAGGCGUGGAGCAGCCAAUUUCCGGUUGCUUAUUGCACAACUCGAUGGACGAACCGAUCUCCACAAGAGUAAUUCCUGGAUCCAUUAUUUCCCCUUAAUGGAGACGCUAACAGGGCUUGGCGAAACAGAUCCCUUGGAUCUCUCCAUGAUGGCUGCCAAAGUAGCCUAUGAGAACUAUGCGUAUAUCAAAAAUACAUGCAGUAACCAACCAUUGGAAGAUGCACUUUGUGGGUUUCUACGGUUGCUGGAACAGUAA